GCGUCGGAGGGGAGAUAAGUGCCGAUAAGGUCUAAAAAGGUGCCUGCUGCUUCGAUUGGCUCCUUCUGCAGCUGGGACAGCAUCUGCACAGAUAUAUUGCCCUCCCAUCAUCUCCAUUGUCUUGUGGAUCCCAAGGAGCUCCAGCAGCAGGUCUGUGCUGUCAGGGCAGGAGCCUCAGGAUGGGGACAGAGGGACUCCUGUCCCCUUGGGUGCUGUGUCUGCUCCUCUGGGUGCAGCCAUGCAGAGGGGCUGCGGAGGUGAGGCUGGCGAAUGGUGGCAGGCGCUGUGCUGGGAGAGUGGAGGUGAAACUGCAGGACCAGUGGGGGACCGUGUGUGGUGCCAACUGGGACAUGUCUGAUGCCGCAGUGGUUUGUAGGCAGCUGGGCUGUGGGGUUGCUCUUGGAGCACCUCAGUAUGGACAUUUUGGGCCAGGAUCUGGGCCCAUAUGGAUGGUAUAUGUUUCCUGUUCUGGGACCGAGUCUGCCCUGUCUGACUGCAGUCAUGCAGGACGCGGUGAAUCCUACUACUGUUCUCACAAUUUGGACGCAGGAGUGACAUGUUCAGGAUUUGUCCGUCUGGUUGGAGGGGACAGUCCCUGCUCAGGAAGUGUGGAGCUCUAUGACAGGGACCAGUGGAAAAGUGGCACAGCCCUGUCUGUCCAUGGGGCAGCUCACCUGGGAGAAAGGUCCGGUGCUGCCUGGGACAGAGAGCUGCAGUGUGUGGGGAAUGAAUCCAGCAUCCUCUUCUGCCCCACGGGGGCUGCCAGGGACGAGACCUGCACCCAUGGCAAUGGCACUCAUGUCACCUGCACACAGUACACAGGGUUCAGGCUGGCGAACGGCAGCACAGCUUGUGAGGGCAGGGUGGAGGUCGAGGUGCUGGGGACGUGGGGGACCCUCUGUGCCUCCCGCUGGGACCUCUCAGACGCCCACGUUCUCUGUGGGCACCUCGGCUGUGGCUUUGCUGAGUCCAUUCCUGGAGGAGGGCAUUUUGGGAGAGGAACCGGCCCCAUCUGGAGAGACUCGUUCCACUGUGAUGGGACUGAAGCCCACCUGGGGCAGUGCCCAGUGACUGCCCUGGGGGCCUCGCCAUGCCCCCCCGAGAAUGCUGCUGCUGUCAUUUGCUCAGGCCUCUCACCAGGCCCCCUGUCCCUGCGGCUGGUGGGCGGAGAGAGCCGGUGCGAUGGGCGCGUGGAGGUCUUCCAGCACGGGAUGUGGGGCAGAGUGCUGGAUGAGCAGUGGGACAUGCAGGAGGCCAGCGUGGUGUGCCGGCAGCUGCAGUGCGGAGAGGCAGAGGCAGCCUACACCCCCGUGAAGGCUGAGCGAGGGCUGGGCCCUGUGGGACUGCGUGGGGUGUGGUGUGCAGGGCACGAGGCUAACCUGAGCCUCUGCAACACAUCCCUGCCUGAGAGCAAGCCAGCUGCAGGGAUCAUGGAGGACGUGGGGGCCGUGUGCCAGGGGAGCCGGCGGGUCCGUCUGGCGGACGGGGCCGGGCGCUGUGCUGGGAGAGUGGAGAUCUACUACCAGGGGUGCUGGGGCACCGUCUGCGAUGACGCCUGGGACCUGGCCGAUGCCGCCGUUGUUUGCCGCCAGCUGGGCUGCGGAGGGGCCCUGGAGGCAGCCGGCUCUGCUCGGUUCGGGGAGGGCUCCGGGCAGAUCUGGUUGGAUGGCGUCAACUGCUCCGGGGCUGAAGCUGCUCUCUGGGACUGCCCUGCUGAGGCCUGGGGGCAGCACGACUGCGGGCACAAGGAGGACGUGGGAGUUGUCUGCUCGGAGUUCAUGGCCCUGAGGCUAGAGAACAGCGACGGCUGCUCGGGGCGCCUGCAGGUUUUCUACAACGGGACGUGGGGCAGCGUUUGCUCCAACUCGAUGACUACCGAGACGGUGUCACUGGUGUGCAAAGAGCUGGGCUGUGGGAAUGAAGGGAACCAGGAAACAACCUCAAUAUAUGCCAAGCUGUCUGGCACCGCGUGGCUAGAUCAUGUGGAGUGUGGGAAGCACAACAGCUCCUUCUGGCAGUGUCCUUCUUCUCCCUGGCAUCCGCAGUCAUGUGACGACCUCCGAGAAGAGACCCACAUCACCUGCACUGGUAACUCUGAGCCAUCAAGGCACCAGGUCCUGUUCCCCACGGGGUAUGGUGAAAUGCAGAGAAGGAACCCAGAGGGGCUUUGACU